GCAGCAUCUCCUCUCAGUACGACGGCAGUAAUGGCCGCCGUCUUGUAGCCCUGCGGCUUGGGGAGAGCCACUGUCACGCUGGGGGGAUUAAACAUUUACUACUCGAAACAUGUCGGCCGUGUUUUUCCUGAAAAGGUCUCUGAGCAGACUCCCACCAAGUGCUGCUAGGCAACUCUUCGCCUGCCACUAUCACACCGAGAGAGGGGUGUACGGGUACCGACCGAAGCGGCUCGCCGGGGAGCGCAACCAGUCACAGAGGGACCGCAUCGCUGCACUGAACCAAGAUCAUGGUCUCGCCCGCCUGGUGGAGGCGUACAGAACACAUGGACACAAGGCUGCUAAAAUUAACCCCCUACUACCUCAGCAGCCUGUCGUGGACCAUGUCCCGGAGAUAGACAUGCUGGCCGGUGCCGUCACUGGAACGCUCAACACGUCAGGCCUGCGUCACUUUGGGAAGGCUCAGGCCUCGGCGGAGGAGGUCCAGACCUACCUGGAGCAGGUCUACUGCGGCCACCUGUCCGUGGAGGUCGGCCAGCUGAGCAGUCUGGAGGAGAGGGAGUGGUUUGCCGACCGCUUCGAGGAGCUCAAGAGGGAAGGCUUCUCUCCAGAGGAGAAGAAGCACCUGGCUAAGCUAAUGCUGGAGUCUCAGGAGUUUGACCAUUUCCUGGCCACUAAAUUUGCUACUGUGAAGCGCUACGGAGGAGAAGGAGCAGAGAGCAUGAUGGGAUUUUUCUAUGAGCUCUUCCACCAGUCGGCCCACAGCGGCGUGACAGACGUCGUCAUCGGGAUGCCCCACAGAGGCCGCCUCAACCUCCUGACAGGCCUGCUGAAGUUCCCACCAGAGCUCAUGUUCCGUAAGAUGCGUGGACUCAGCGAGUUCCCCGACACCUCCCCCGCUAUCGGCGACGUUCUCUCUCAUCUCACCUCCUCUGUGGAGUUAGACAUGGGAGCAGGGCACCCUCUUCACGUCACGAUGCUGCCCAACCCAUCUCACCUGGAGGCCAUCAACCCGGUGGCCCAGGGCAAAACGAGAGCGAGGCAGCAGCUGAGGGAAGAGGGAGACUAUUCGCCUGAGGAGGGCGCCUACCCUGGGGACCAGGUCAUCUGUCUGCAGGUUCACGGUGACGGGUCAUUUACCGGCCAGGGAAUCGUUCCAGAAACGCUGACCCUUUCAAACUUACCUCACUACAGAGUGGGCGGCAGCAUUCACCUCGUAGUGAACAACCAAGUGGGCUACACCACUCCGUCAGACAGAGGAAGAUCCUCUCUGUACUGCAGCGACGUUGGUAAGAUGGUGAACUGUGCAGUGAUUCAUGUGAACGGUGACGAUGCAGAGGAAGUUCUGCGAGCCGCCAGGCUGGCUGUGGACUACCAGCGGCAGUUCAGAAGGGACAUCAUCCUGGACCUGAUCUGCUACCGUCAGUGGGGCCACAACGAGCUGGAUGAGCCGUUCUUCACCAACCCGGCCAUGUACAAGAUCAUUAGAUCGCGCCAGAGUGUCCCCGACUCCUACUCGGACCAGCUGAUAUCUGAGGGUCUGAUGACGGAGGCAGAGCGAGCAGAGAUCAAGUCCAGCUACUACGGCACGCUCAACGACAAGCUGUCCGGCAUGACCCUGUACAGCCCCCCGCCCACCAACCUACAGGGCCGCUGGGGGGACCUGGUGGAGCCCCAGGCCAGAGUGACCACCUGGGACACGGGCGUCCCCGCCCAGCUGCUGCAGUUCGUCGGAGCGAAGUCCGUUGACAUCCCCGAACAAAUCUGCUUGCACAACCACCUCCUAAAGACCCACGUACAGGCUCGGUUGCAAAAGUUGGAGGAGGGAACCAAGCUGGACUGGUCGACAGCGGAGGCCCUGGCUUUCGGCUCUUUGCUCUGCCAGGGCUUUCAUAUCCGAAUAAGCGGCCAGGACGUCGGACGAGGCACGUUCAGCCAGCGACACGCCAUGCUGGUGUGUCAGGACACCAACGACACCUACGUUCCUCUGAACCACAUCAGCUCCCAGCAGGCGGGAUUUCUCGAGGUGUGCAACAGCCCGCUGUCGGAGGAGGCGGUGCUCGGGUUCGAGUACGGCAUGAGCAUCGCCCAGCCCAAGCUGCUGCCCAUCUGGGAGGCGCAGUUCGGGGAUUUCUUCAACGGGGCUCAGAUCAUCUUCGAUACUUUCAUCUCAGGAGGUGAAGCCAAGUGGCUGCUCCAGUGUGGGAUGGUGAUCCUGCUGCCUCACGGCUACGACGGAGCCGGACCCGAACACUCGUCCUGCCGCAUGGAGCGCUUCCUCCAGAUGUGCGACAGUAAAGAAGAGGGUGUGGACGGCGACACCGUCAACAUGGCGGUGGUCAACCCCACCACUCCGGCCCAGUACUUCCACCUCCUCAGGAGACAGAUGAUCCGAAACUUCCGCAAACCUCUCAUUGUGGUCGGGCCCAAAACGCUGCUCAGGUUUUCUGGAGCGGUGUCCAGUCUGAGUGAACUGGCACCGGGAACGUCCUUCAGGCCGGUGUUGGGGGAUGCUUCUGUCUCCGCAGAAAGCGUCCAGAAGGUGGUGCUGUGCUCUGGAAAGCAUUACUAUGCCCUGCUGAAACAGAGAGAGACGUCAGCUGCUGGCCAGAAGACGGCGCUGAUCCGUGUGGAGGAGCUGUGUCCGUUUCCUGUCGAGCCUCUGCAGCAGGAGCUCAGAAAGUAUCCUAACGCUAAAGAGUUUAUUUGGAGUCAGGAGGAACCUCAAAACAUGGGCCCCUGGUCUUUCGUGGCGCCCAGGUUCGAGAAGCAGCUGGCCUGCAAGCUCCGGUUGGUGAGUCGCCCUGCCCUUCCCGCCCCCGCCGUCGGCAUCGGGACCCUUCAUCACCAGCAGCAGGAGGCCAUCCUCACAGCUACGUUUUCCUGAAGUGAAGCUUGAAACCAAACUAAGCGGAACACGGGCAGCAGUUCUGCACUACAGGGUCAGUGGUAAUAAUGCAAUCAACGAAUGUCUUUAAGAGAAUAACGUUCAUAAUUUGAGUUGUUGCCGCGUAGUUUAGCGUGUUAAUUUUAGUAAUUUGAAAGCAUUGUCUUUAAUGUUCUCACGUUUUACGCCAGUUUUUUUUUGUGUGUGUUUGAAUUUAGAAUUGUCUGAAUCAAAGCCUUAGAGAUCAUGUUUACAUGAUGAUUGUAGGGACGGUACGCCUCACUCUUCUGUUUUUAUGAUGGGAGGGAUGCAUUUGCAGAAAUAAAUCCUCUACAGGUUCCCUUUUUCAGGAGUCCAAACCCCUCUGGUCACGUCACACACAAAAGCGUCCAUGUUUGUGCUGUUGAAAACAGAAAAUAUCAGUUUAAGUCGUUGGACAUGCAGCAUUAAUCUUGGAAGUGUGGCGUUGUGCAAAACAAACGUAGCUCAGAAAGAGAUGAAGCAUUUUCUGAUGAAACAGGGAAAACUGUUGCAGUUGUGAUUCUGUACGUAGAUGAUGUUCUGAGAUGAUUUUAUCCUUGUUUACACGAAGGCUGUAAAGAAAUAAAAGACUGACAUCUUGAACAGCUCAUGUAAAUACAGCAAAACAUUUUAAAUAAAUCUAUUUUCAUG